UUGGUGGGAGAAGAAUGCGUAGCUCCGAGACAGAUGCAAAUGGCUCAUUUAGGAAGUGUGAGAAAUUGUGUAGACUGGCUUAACUCCAAUGAGGCUACUAAGAGGAAGAAUGGCAUGAAACAACUUCGUGAUUUGAUGAAUGAUCAAACCAUACUGCAAGAGUUAAACAAUUCAUCAAAUUCCAGUGAUGUUAACUGGACACACAUUUUUAGUUCAGCUCACAAUUUACUCAUAAAAGAAUCAGAAAAAAUUAAGAGUGAGGAGAGAAAAGGAGCACAAAGUUCUGCUGCUGUGUGGAGAAGGAACAGCUUGAAAAAUGACUGUGCUAGUUUGGUAGUUAUUAUUGUGAACAAGGCGAAUCAAGGAGUUCCAAGGAUAAUGUGCUCAGUUUUGAUUACAAGUAUUCUUCAGGUUUUAUCAGACCACUACCUCAGAAAAAAUUACUCUGAUAAAUAUACAGAAAUUGUGAGGAGCAGUUUGCUCCCACGUCAAGAGUAUCGAAGUAAGCUUGGAGAAGAGCAUUGGACAGAUUUAUCAGCAGUUUUCUGGAGGUUAUUUAGAGAGCCACCUCAGCAGCUGGAAAUGUCGGCAAUAGCAGAUGUCCUUAAUGGAAUAGUGAAAUUUGGAUGUGCUCAAUCAUUUAUUGGUCUUAAACUGAAAAAGAAGUUUUCAGUACUUGCUGAAGCAUUCUUGGAUGAUAAUUUUUUGAAAUCAUCAGUUGGAACGCAAGAAGCCUUUCUUCGCCUAGCUACUUCUAUGUGUUUGGAGAUUGGAAAAGAGUGCCGUAUGGCAGUCUGUCACCUUGGUGAAAUGAUAGUUCCCCGUGUUUUACAUCUGUAUGACAAAUUAUCAAAAGAGAAGAAUUUGGUUGUGGAAUUUCUUUUGCUACAAGUUCGUCUCCAUCACCCAGCUGGAGCCUCAAGAAGUGAUGUUUUGGGUGCUGCCUAUGCUGCCAACUGGGACCUGUGGCACUCACAUUUGAGAUCUAUGUUUGCUCUUGUUGAUUCGGAGUUAUCAUACACACACACUAAAAAACAGAAAGCAACAGUAAUUAGCAAUACAUUUUUACAACUUGCAGUUGAAGUUUGUAAACAGGUAUUUCAUGAACAUUCCAGGGCCAAUUUAAACCAAAGUAUAAAUGUACAUGAACCUACCUGUAGUCCAGUUCUGAAGAAACGGCGCAUUGCAGGAGGGUUAAGAGAUAUAGUAAACAACAUAUCAAAAAUGAAUACUCCAAAAGAAUGCUGGCCAUGGUUGACGUUUUUGAGUGAAUACAUAUCUCGUUAUUGUGAAACAGUAAUGAGUGAAGAUUAUGUUUCUCUGCUAACUGUUGUGACUGAUCAGUUAAAUUCUUGCAGAGACACACUACUAAUGGCAUGCCUUUGCAGGUGCUGUAGUUCACUUCUUAAAGUUGACAAGAACCUGAGAGAAGAUUUUGUGGAGAGUGGGGUUGUUGUUAAACUGUGGAAAAACAUCCUUGAUGUUGUGCUGAGGAUGAUUGGACUGAAUCAAAAUGAACAAGAAAGCCAUUAUCUUCUGCAGGAGAUGAUAUCUUAUGAUAAAGUCUCAGGUAGUCUUCUAGAUGUUCUGGAACUGUAUGUUAAGGGAACACUGAGACAGUCAGACACAGCCCUUAAAACACUUAUUGUCAUUUGCAACCAUAUAAGGCUUCCUGAAAAAAUAGUCAUCAGCCGAAGACCACAUGCUGUCCGUAAUUCUUUAAUUACCUGGUUGCUUCCUGAACAUAAAGAAAUUGAAGUUUUUUCACCGUCUUUGCUAGCCAAUGUUUUAGCUCUGAUCUGUUUCAAACCCAGUGCAGAAAGUGUUAAAUGUGAGCCCAGUAGGGAACAAAUAACAUCAUUUUCAGAAGAGCUAUUUCAGAUAGAGGAGAACUAUUGUAUAACAUCCUUUGAAUCCAGUAUUUGCAAACCUAUUCAUAAAAUAGCAGGACAUGGAUUUAGUUAUGCUACAUCAAGUUCUUUUCGAGCAUCAGUGGAUGAAGAAGCAUUAAGAACAUUGGAAGAAGCACUUGAGAGGAACUGUCAGCAAUUGCUGGAAGAUGUGGUAACUGUUUCUGAAGAAGAGAGAUUGAAACAAAUAACAAAUAUAUUUUCUCAUUGUGAACUUCUAUUGGAACUCUGGUCCUGGAUGAUUAGAUUCAAUACCAUACCAGUUGAUAAAGUGCCAAGCUUUUUUGGAAGAAUUAAAAUAUUGAUAGAAAAACUGAACGACAACUGCACAAAAGAAAUAUUUUGUCAUGAACCAUCUGUAGCAACAAAAUUUAUGCAAAAUUUAAGUCACAUUAUGGAACUCCAACAUCACCAAGCAGUUCAUAAAGAGAUGAGGUGCAUCAUCCCUAAUAAUUUCCUUACUGUCGUCCAUGGUAUUCUAACUACUAGAAAUUUAUGGGGAGUGGCUGUUCGUGGUGAGGAUAAUGAUGAAAGAGAUGAGUUUGCUGUUGAACGUACUUCAAAAAGAUGUGAACAAACAUAUGGUUCUGUUUCAUUAUUUGAUACAGAAACAUUCUCUGAGACAGAGAAAGUGCAGCUGCAUUGUGUAAAAGUGUUGUCGUCUUAUUGCUGUUACCCUGGUGGAACGAUUCUCUCAGAGUGUCAAGAUAAUUGUCUUUCAAAACUGCUCAGUUUAUUUGUAUCAGGUAUUGGCGUAAAUACUGCUGCCACCUUUUACAUGGCUGUUAUAAUUAUGCAGAAAGUUCUGGAGAUGGAUUCAGUGAGGCGACAACACAUUGAUCAAUGCCUUAAAGUUUUGCAGGGCAUGUGCAGAAGCUUUCAUCUUGAUUAUGAAGCUGCAGCAUUCAUAAUGAAACUAUUACAAGGAUUGCUCAGAUUUGUACAAGACAUUGGAGAAUCAAGAGACAAAGAAAACGCUGUGGCACUUUUGAGAGGACUACAGCUUGUAGUGUGUAAGAAGCAGUAUGGUGCAAAAGUUGUGGCUCAAUACAUACGUUGCUUAGGAGAACUAGCGAAGGUUGACGGUGAUGCAUCAUGGUCAUUGUGGAGGGUUGGAACAAAACUGCCUGGAAGCAUUGUGAGGGAUGAAACACCAAUUGCUGAGGAAAUACUAUUUUAUGUACAGCAUCCUUUCCAUGAGCUCAGAAUGAUGGCAAUAACAUUCAUACCAACCCUUUUUGGGUGUUUUGAAGAACAAAAAAUUGAAAAACUACAGUGGCAGAGUAACAUGUUUGAAUCUUUGUGCAAGAUUAUCAUGGAAGCUUUUGUUGUUGAGGGAGAGUUAUCAGAGCAAGAACGUAUAGAUGAAAGUGCCAAUCGAACAUCUACAGCUUUACAUUCUGUGGCUGCAUUACUGAUGUCAAACUCAAUUCUAAGGAAGAAAUCACUAUUUUUCUUACUGCAGUUAAUAAGAGAGAAAAAUAUUAGCUUAGAUCUUGUAAAAAAGUCGCUUGCUAUUGCUGGAAAUGCUAUGAACAUAAUAGGCAGUAAGCUUAUUGCUGCAAAUCUAAAAUAUCUCUUCACUCACUGGUGCCUUAGUAAAUACCAAAUACAGGAGUUUCCGUGGCUGUUACUGGAUUGUUCUUCAGAAGCUGACUUUUAUACAACACAUCUUAAAACUAUUGUACCUAUACUAUUUUUCAAUCGAGAUCUAGAUAUCAUUGAAGAACUUUGUUUAAAAGUGGGUAAAGAUCUGAAAUUAGUUACUGAGGUAUGCAGCCCUUACAUAAUUGGACAUCUUCUACCAAUCUUCACCAUGAAAAACAGCAAAGAGAUGUAUAAUUACAAUAUAUUUAAUGCUGAACAGCUUCUGAAGCAGCUUGAAAAAAUACUUUCAGAGGACCAAGUUAAAUGUCUUCUCUCAGAAAAUAUGGAUAUCGUAAUUGUGACAAUAUUUCGCUUACUAUUUGAUGUUGGCACUGUAACUGCGUUGUGUGGAUACACAUCCAGCUUACCAGAACCAGCUCCUCCCACCAUAAAAUCUCAGCAAAUGUUGGAUACCUUAGAAUAUCUUCAGAAGAACUCACAGGCACCAGAAGUGAAAUUGAUACUGUUCUUGUCAAAAAACAAACCUAGAGUAAUACAGAAGAUAUUACUUCAGCUGGCAGUCGAUAUUCAUCAACAGCUGACUUGUGAAGAGAUGAUAAUAUCACUUCAUCGAUAUGCUGCAUUUGCUGACUUGCUGGGAUGUAAUCUUACAGAAAGUUCUCUGAAUGCAUUGUCAACUUUUGUUAUACGAGAAGUUAUCCACCAACUUAUUAACAUCGUGAGACAAGCAUACCAACAAAACCAAGGAGUUUUGUCAAUUGCGGCAUGUAAUUGCCUUUUGCACUUUCUUGAUAAAUGUCUUCCAGUUAAAGCACUGAUUGUAGAAAAGUUUCUUGGAAUGUGCACUAGUGUUCUGGUACCAGUUGUCAAAUCUGGUGGAUAUGUAGCUGCAGAAGCUUGCAGAUUACUUGAAUUUAUAAUAGUGAAAAAUGCUGAGUGUCUCUCAUCAGGAAUCAGACUUUUAGGUCCCUUUCCAGCUCAACCUAAAUUUAAUGAGAUUCAGAAAGUAUAUCAGCGGACAGUCUAUGGAGGAAAACAAUAUACAUUGGAAGAAGAAAUAAAAUAUUUCUUGGAAGCUGAAAUGUACUCUAGCUGCCAUGUGGAGAGAUUGAAACAUCUUUAUUUGCAGCUUUCGACAAGAAAGACAGAACUGAGGGAUCUAUACUUGUCACUUAAAAAUUUAAGAGGAUUUUCAGAAGAUUGUGAGGAAAGCAUUUUACAUCGGUUGCUGUGUGUGCUUGUUGGGCUUACAUCUGCAGAAGACAAAGAGGUGCAGCUUGGGGCGUCACGCUGCCUUGGUGAAAUUGGCCCUUCAGAUUUGGCAACACUUGUUCUGCAACCAGAAAAGGAAACUGAUGAAAAUAUUGUACUGACUGAGGACAUCAUUGUGUUGCUUAUUGGCAGUGUAUUAAAGAAACUUUCUGUUGCUUUGGUAGAUGAAAAUAUCAAUGUCGUCAAGGAAACCAGCUCAGCCUUGUAUACAAUAUUAGCAUCAAAGGAAGCACGCAAGUUCUUGGAAAGUGAAGCAUCAAGGUCUCUUAAUCAAGACUAUAUAAUGCCAUUCAUUAACCAUAAAAAGUCACGCCAUGAUAUCAGCUUGGAUGUGGAUACAGAGCUAUUCAGGAAAUUAGUGGAUUGCCGUGAUACAUGGACACCUGGACGAUCCACACAUGAAAAAUGGAUUACAAAUCUUGUUUGCAGUAUUUUGCAAACUUUUGAUGCUGAGAAAAACUUUUUACCGCAUUUAAUACCUGUCUGCAGAGUAAAGGUGUCCUUAUGUGAAGCAGUGCUCCCGUACCUAUUAGAUUUGGUACUUGCAGGCAAGGAAAAAGUAUGCAGCUCUAUUGUCAUACACCACUUACAGCAUUUCUUCAAAGAGCACUUCCAAAAGCACUUGCAUUCAGUUAAGAAGUUAAAUACACUGUCGGAAAUGAGAACAGAUAUUUCAGGACCAGAGUUUAAAUUACAAGUGAUUAUGAAUAGGGCAUCAGUGCAAUGUAUGCUUGAUGUAGUGCACUUUUUAAGAAUGAGAAGGCAUGCUCAACAAAGGAUAAGUGGUGUGGUAAUUGAGCUGGACUUUCUCCAUAUUUCGUUAGCAGCUCAGUUUUGUUCUGCAUAUUUUACUUCAAUCUUAUAUGCCGAAUUAUGGUGUCACGAAAAGCUGGGUUCUCCCAUGGACACAGACAAGAUGUCUCUGCUUGAAAGUAUAUGUCGGAAUGAUAAGGAAAAUGGACAAAUUCUGCAGCAUAUUCUGUGGGAGGCUUAUACAAAGAUAGGGGAUUCUGAUGCAGUGUAUGGAUGCUGGCCGUCCAACACACUAGACUAUCAGAGCUGUUCAACAUUUAAAGCUAUAAAAGCAAAAUGGGAUCGUGUCCUUCAAGCACAUGACCUGGAAUUGUGCUCUGGAAAUAGUGAGACAGUGCCCGGUCUGCUGAAUGCGUUACAGAAAUUUGGGCUUCAUCAUGUAAUGGAUGGCUAUAUUUGUUCAUCAUUUGUUCGUGAGCACCUUCCAGUCCAAAAAGUACAAAACUAUUACUAUGACUGUGCCUGGCGUUUAGCAAACUGGAAUACUGAUAUAUAUUUUUCUGACGCGUCUACAGAAUGUUUUCAAGUAGAGAGUGAUAUUCAAAAAGAGUUACAUCUUGGAAGCUACGAGAAAUAUCAUUAUUUGGCUAUGAAUGCUAUCCAAAACUUGGAUGAAGAUGGCUUUAAGAAGAAUUUGCGACAUGCACGUAGUUGUGUAGUAGAGUCGUUAGCUCAUGCUAGUCUUGAAACUAGCAAAUUCCUCUAUACAGUACUUUCACAGUUAAGAGCACUACAAGAAAUGGAAGAUUUCUUUGAAGUUAUAAGUGAAAAUGAUUCUAAAAAUGUUGAUCAUCUUCUUAAAAAGUGGAAUCAGCAAAACCUCAUUCAGUGCAAUGACUUUGAUAAUGUAGAGCCAAUACUGACACAGAGAAUUGUAAUGUUGAAGACCAGUGCAAGGAAAGGAUUGGUCAAUCCAUAUUUUCAGAAAGUGAUUGUGAAUUUAAGUCUAGACAUAGCAGCACUUGCAAGAACUGAAAAACGUUUUCAAGUAGCAGCUCAUUAUGUUCAGUCUUUGUCAGCUAUGUCCUCCCUGCCACCUGAAACAGCUGUUAAUCUGAAAAUUGAAGAAGCAAGAUUAUUAUGGGACAGAGAUGAUAAAGAACUGGCUCUAUGCAUUCUGAAAGGAUUGCUCAGUAAACCAGGAAAUAGCAAAGGAAAGUGGCAUGCAUUGUCACUUAAGUUGUAUGGUGACUGGAUGGUAGAAACAAAGUCUGAAAAUGCACAAGUAAUUAUGAGUGAUUAUUUUUUCAAGGCUCUAGAAACACUAGAAAGCAAUGAGAAUGGAAUUACUGAAACUAAGAUAGAAACAUAUUGGUCAAUUGCUAGUUUUGCUGACACUCAGUAUCAACAGCUUAGCUGUUAUUUCAAAUCAGCUGAAUAUGAAGUGAAACAAAAGUACUUGGAGAAAGCAUUAAAUGAUGUUGAACGUUUAAAACAACAAGCAAGAGAGGGUGGUACCUUGAAUGAAGAUGAGAAGAGAGCAUACAGAAUGCAUGAGCGCCAGACUCAAAUUGAUCGUGCAGAAAUUGCAAACAGAAGAAAGGAAAUGGACAUGUAUCUUACAACAGCCAUAAGAUACUAUAUUCUGGGUCUGGAAUGUGAUGAUACACAUGAUUUACAAGUAUUUCGAGUGGCUCAUUUGUGGUUAGAAAACACAUUACACAAUGACCUGAAUGCAGUCCUGAAUGAAAGUCUAUUUAGAGUGCCAAGUUAUAAGUUCUUGCCACUCCUUCCACAAUUAAUACCACAUAUGAGUCACAUGGAAGAUACUUUCUCCACAAAAAUUAAUAUGUUAAUAGAGCAAUGUGCUGUCGACCAUCCGCAUCAUUCAUUGCAGCAGAUAUUGGCUUUGUCAAACUCACACAAAGAUAAAGAAAUCUGUGGAGUUGACAUGCAGUCAGUAAUAUAUGAGCCCCGUGUUAUUGGUGCACAACAGAUGGUGGAGAGGCUGAAAAAAAGUUCUGAUAAUAUUGCACCUCUACUUCAACAAAUGGAAAAAGUAGCAGCAGCACUGAUUAGCCUUGCAUAUUACAGCCCAAAAGACAACAGUAAAACUGGUCAAAUUCCAAGAGGGGAGCUUCUAACUAAGUUAAAGAACUGUGAUACUGUGCUAGUACCAACACUGACAAUUCCAGUAAAGCCUAAUUGUCAAUACAGCAACAUUAUUGGUAUUGCAGGAUUUGAAAAAACUUAUCAGAUGGUGGGUGGAGUGAAUGCACCAAAAAAAAUUGUAUGCAUUGGAACAGAUGGCAUUAAACGACCUCAGCUAGUGAAGGGUAGAGAUGAUCUCCGACAGGAUGCUGUAAUGCAACAGGUGUUUACAAUGAUGAACACAUUUCUCAGAAGAAAUAAAGAAACUUCAAAGAGAAAACUACUAAUGAGAACAUACAAGGUUGUCCCUCUAUCACAAAGAAGUGGUAUAAUUGAAUGGUGUGAUAAUACAGAAGUUUUAGCUAUAUAUUUAAUUGGUUCAGAUCUAAAAUCAGGCGCCCACAGACGAUAUUAUCCAUCUGAUCUCCCAGGCCUUGCAUGCAGGAAAAAAAUGAAGGAUGUGGCCUCAGAAUCCAAUGAGAAAAAGCUGGAGGUAUAUAAGGAAAUUUGUAAGUCAUUUCGCCCAGUGCUACAUAAAUUUUUUCUGGAAUAUUUUCCAUCACCAAGCAUAUGGUUUGAACGAAGACUUGCAUAUAUCCACAGUGUUGCCACAUCAUCCAUGAUAGGUUAUAUUUUGGGUUUAGGAGACAGACAUGUAAACAACAUACUGAUUGAUAAGCAGACAGCAGAAGUGAUACAUAUUGAUUUUGGUAUUGCAUUUGAAAUGGGACGCAUACUGCCAACACCAGAAACUGUACCUUUUCGACUUACUAGAGAUAUUGUUGAUGGAAUGGGGGCAUCUGGAGUUGAAGGCGUUUUCAGGAGAUGUUGUGAAAAAACAAUGUCUGUGCUGCGUCAAAAUCAAGAAACUAUAUUAACAAUACUGGAGGUUUUACUGUAUGACCCAUUGUACUCAUGGUCAGUUACACCGAAGAAAGCAUACAAUCUACAGUCCAAUUCAGGAUCACUGGGAGAUGAAACUGAUGCUGGGGAAGAAACUUCAAAUGAGGUGAAUAAAAUGGCAGAGAGAGCUUUACUUCGGCUGAGACAAAAGCUGCAUGGUACUGAAGAAGGGAGUGCUAGUAGUAUUGCUGGUCAAGUGAACCAUCUCAUUCAGCAAGCUAUAGAUCCAGUGAACCUAAGUCGCCUGUAUAAUGGUUGGCAACCUUAUCUGUGAGACUCUGCCUAAAAUAAUUGUAUCAUAAUAUAACUAGAGAACACACUUUUUUCUAGUGUGUUUUGUUGUGUCAAUAAUAUAUAAGUGCUAAAAAUGAACCAAUCAUUAUGAAAGCAGUGUUUAAAUAUGUAUGUUAUUGUGAAGAAAUAAGAACUGUGAUAUCACAAAUUUGCCUAUUAAUAGACAAGAGCAGUUUUACAUCUG